AUCCCCAAAAUUUCCCUCUUAAGUUAACCCUCACGCUCGUUUUCCCUUCUCGCUGAUACACUCUCUGGUAAACUCCAUCUCUCCUCCUUUUUUUCUCGUGUUUCUAAACCCUAGAAUUCUCUGUCGAAACUUCUAGAAACCUCAUUGUUGGAGCUGCUUUUAUACUUUGGCGCUUCCGAAUUUCUCGUUUUUGAAUUUGAUAAUGGAGUGGAAUCCCGAAACCCUUCAAUUCCUCUCGCAAUGCUUUCUCCACACACUCUCUCCCCAACCGGAACCUCGACGCGCCGCCGAGUCCUCCCUAUCUGAAGCCGCCGAUCGUCCAAACUACGGACUCGCCGUGCUCCGUCUCUUGGCGGAGCCUUCCGUCGAUGAACAGAUCCGUCAAGCUGCAGCUGUUAACUUCAAGAACCACCUCCGAACCCGUUGGGCUCCCUCUAACGAACCCAACGCCGGUCCCGCAUUUUCCCCGAUCCUCCAACCCGAGAAGGACCAGAUCAAAACCCUAAUCGUCUCUCUCAUGCUAUCUUCUUCCCCUCGCAUUCAAAGCCAGCUCAGCGAAGCCCUAGCCGUUAUUGGGAAGCACGACUUCCCCAAAUCAUGGCCGACUUUACUUCCAGAGCUUAUCUCCAAUCUUCAAAAGGCUGCCCAAUCUGCAGACUACGCUUCCAUUAACGGUAUUCUCGGAACUGCUAAUUCAAUUUUUAAGAAAUUUAGGUAUCAGUAUAAAACAAACGAUCUUUUACUUGAUUUGAAGUAUUGUUUGGAUAAUUUCGCGGCUCCAUUAUUAGAGAUUUUUCUUAAAACUGCUUCCUUGAUUGACUCAACUGUUGCUUCUGCUGGUGAUGGUUCCCCUGUGACCCUCCGGCCUCUCUUUGAAUCCCAGAGGUUAUGUUGUAGGAUAUUCUAUUCAUUGAACUUUCAAGAAUUGCCUGAAUUCUUUGAGGAUCAUAUGAGAGAGUGGAUGGGUGAGUUUAAAAAGUAUUUGACAGUGAGUUACCCUUCACUUGACAGCAGUGCAAAUGAGCUAGCAUUGGUCGAUGAACUUAGGGCUGCAGUCUGUGAAAAUAUUAGUCUUUACAUGGAAAAGAAUGAGGAGGAGUUUCAAGGAUAUUUAAAUGAUUUUGCAUCCGCUGUUUGGAGUUUGCUUACGAAUGUGUCUCAGUCUUCAAGCCGUGACAAACUGGCUGUUACGGCAAUGAAGUUUUUAACAACGGUUAGUACGAGUGUGCAUCAUACUUUGUUUGCAAAUGAGGGAGUGAUACCGCAGAUUUGUCAGAGUAUUGUGAUUCCUAAUGUGCGGUUGAGAGAUGAGGAUGAGGAGCUUUUUGAGAUGAAUUAUGUUGAGUUUAUAAGGAGGGAUAUGGAGGGGAGUGAUCUUGACACGAGAAGAAGGAUUGCUUGUGAACUCCUUAAGGGAAUUGCAACUCAUUACAAAAAGCAGGUGACUGAUAUUGUUUCAAUUCAGAUACAAAAUUUGCUGAGCUCGUUUGCUACAAACCCUUCUGCCAAUUGGAAGAACAAGGAUUGUGCCAUAUAUUUAGUUGUUUCGCUCGCAACCAAGAAGGCUGGGGGUACUAAUGUCUCAACUGAUCUUGUGGAUGUUCAGACCUUCUUUACAUCAGUUAUUGUUCCUGAGUUGCAAAGCCAAGAUGUGAAUGGGUUUCCCAUGCUCAAGGCAGGUGCUCUUAAAUUUUUCACCAUGUUUCGUGGUCAGAUACAAAAACCUGUUGCAUUUCAAUUGUUCUCAGAUUUGGUUCGAUAUUUGGGUUCAGAAUCAAAUGUAGUUCAUUCUUAUGCCGCAAGCUGUAUAGAAAAACUUUUGCUUGUCAAGGAAGAAGGGGGAAAAGCAAGAUAUACUUCAGCAGAUAUUACUCCUUGUCUCCCAGUGCUGAUGAACAACCUUUUUAAUGCAUUGAAGUUUCCAGAGUCUGAGGAGAAUCAAUACGUGAUGAAGUGUAUAAUGCGUGUUCUAGGAAUUGCCGACAUUUCCAGUGAUAUUGCUGGACCUUGCAUUGGUGGGUUAACAUCUAUUCUCAAUGAAGUUUGCAAAAAUCCAAAAAAUCCAAUUUUUAACCAUUAUCUUUUUGAGUCUGUGGCCAGUCUUAUCAGACGGGCAUGUGAGAGGGAUGCCUCUCUUAUAUCAGCUUUUGAAGCAAGCCUCUUUCCAAGUCUCCAAACCAUCUUGGCCAAUGAUGUGACUGAGUUCUUGCCAUAUGCAUUCCAGCUGUUGGCUCAGCUUGUUGAAUUGAACAGACCACCCAUAUCUCCAAGUUACAUGCAGAUUUUCGUGCUUCUCCUCUCCCCUGAUUCAUGGAGGAGAUCAUCAAAUGUUCCAGCCCUUGUGCGUCUGCUUCAGGCUUUCCUUCAGAAGGCGCCCCAUGAGCUCAAUCAAGAGGGGAGACUGAACCAGGUGCUUGGUAUAUUCAACAUGCUGAUCUCAUCUCCUAGCACUGAUGAACAAGGCUUCUAUGUGCUUAACACUGUUAUUGAGAAUCUUGAAUUUGGUGUCAUAUCUUCCUAUAUGAGUAACAUCUGGAAUGUCCUUUUUAUGCGCCUUCAAAACAGGCGUACUGUAAAGUUUCAGAAGUCUCUUGUGAUUUUCAUGUCACUCUUUCUAGUCAAGCAUGGGGCCACAAAUCUUGUGGACACGAUGAAUGCUGUUCAGGCCAACAUAUUCUUGGUCAUUUUGGAGCAGUUUUGGAUACCCAAUCUUAAGCUGAUUGCUGGAGCAAUUGAGCUUAAGUUAACUGCAGUUGCUUCCACCAGACUCAUCUGUGAAUCUCCGGUUCUUUUGGAUGCCGCAGCUGCUAGACACUGGGGUAAAAUGCUGGACAGUAUUGUUACCCUUCUUUCACGACCUGAGCAGGACAGAGUCGACGAAGAACCAGAAAUGCCAGAUAUUGCAGAAAAUGUGGGAUAUACAGCCACUUUUGUUAAACUUUACAAUGCUGGGAAGAAAGAGGAUGAUCCUCUGACUGAUAUAAAGGAUCCAAAGCAUUUCUUAGUAGCUUCAUUGGCAAAAGUUUCUGCACUUACCCCUGGGAGAUUCCCCCAGAUUAUCAACGAAAAUCUUGAGCCAGCAAAUCAAGCAGCAUUACUUCAGCUUUGCAGCACUUAUAAUUGCACGAUAGUCUGAAUUGUAGGGUUUCCCUUUCUUCUCUAUUUUGGUGGUCGAAGUUCCGUGCAUUAUCUUGCCAUGCAUUUGUGAGCAAUGGUUGCUUUUGACCCCCAAGUUGAAGGAUCAAAUGUGCUGGUGGUGCUAGAUUUUGCAGUUGCAUUAGCAGUUGCUCACUGAGUACUGCUUUCCCGUGCAGUGGUGGGUGGAUGGUUGUUCCACCGAUUGUGGGCAAAUGAGCCCCUUUUUCUAUUGGUUUUGAUGUCAUUAUUUAUAUGGUGAAAAAAGAGUUGUAGUGUAAAACUUUGCCUUGGUUUUGUUGAAAAGGAAGGGGGGGGGGGGGGCGGGUUGGGUUUGUCAAUGGUUUUGUCAAGGAUUUGAAAGAAGAAAGAAAUUUCGAGGAAUCUGUUUUAGUAACGGAGACUGAAUUUUUGUGUGAAAGUUUCACUCAGUGAUUUUUAUCGCAUCUCCGUCUGAAUAUUGCUGAGCUUGAGAGUUAAAUAGUCUUAGUAAAACCCAAGGUAGCACCGAAGUUAGUGCCUCCAAGUCCAGAGCAAGUACAGCCAGUAGCAGCCGUGGUUUUGCUCUUGUUGUAGAAAAUCAGCACGAAAGGCUACUCGCAUUCUUGGUGGACUUGGAAGACUUGUGAUUCUCUUCUCCGGGCUCUACUUUUAACUUAUUGGGCUUUCUUAUAAGCUUGUGAGACUUUUUCAACAUCAGGCGAUGUAUUUGCACCAAAGUUCGAUUCACUCUUGGCCCAUUGUGGCACAGCGAGUCCCCUUAGUGUCUCUCGAGAACCGUUUCCAAAAUAACAUUGCAAGCGACAUAGAAGCUGUGGCUUUAUAAUAAGAUGCAAUAUGUUAAAAUGUGAAGAGAAUUUGAGAUGUUUGGGAAAGUCUGAAUUUGAAGGUGGGAAGGGUUGUUGUAAUGAAAGAGAGUUUGUUUGUCAUGCUUUAUAAACUAGUUUUAAGUUGGCAACAAACAAUUUGAUAUCUAAUGCUAAUUCCAUGUAUUUCCCA